AUGAGAAGAGGAAGAUUCAUCUAUCUAUCUAUCUAUCUAUCUAUCUAUCUAUCUCAGUCUGUUCAUUAUCUAUCUAUCUAUCGUAGUCUAACUACCUACCUACCUACCUCCCUACCAAUCAAUCUAUCUCAUUCUGUUCAUAUCUAUCUAUCUAUCUAUCUAUCUAUCUAUCUAUCUAUCUAUCUAUCUAUCUCAUUCUGUUCAGAAUUGCAUGAAAAGAGUAAAUAUGAUAAUCGACAGCACAUUUUGACACGUUCGACAGACGCCAAAAUUGCGGUGCAAUUGUACCCCGCUACGAUGUAUCGUUUGGCGCAGACCCCAGAAGAUCGGCGACACGGUCAGCAUACGACAGCACGACUAUCUAUCUAUCUAUCUAUCUAUCUAUCUAUCUAUCUAUGUCUGUUCAUUUGUUAUGUCUAUCUAUUUAUCUAUAUCUGUAAAGUUUGUGUGCAUCUGUUUAUUUGGUAUAUCUAUCUAUCUAUCUAUCUAUCUAUCUAUCUAUCUAUCUAUCUAUCUAUCUAUCUCAUUCUGUUCCUUAUCUAUCUAUCUAUCUAUCUAUCUAUCUAUCUAUCUAUCUAUCUAUCUAUCUGUUGUGGCCUUCUGUUUCUGUCUGUCUAUAUCUAUCUAUCUAUCUAUCUAUCUAUCUAUCUAUAUCUGGUUAUUCAUUGUUUUUCUUUGAUUACAUCAUUUCAUUUGCACGAUCUUUUUUUUUUCUUUCUUUCUUCUCGUAGCCUCACCUCCCAACUGCCAACACGCUGCCUUCUAUUGAGCCAGUUGGAUCAGUUUUGUUUUUCUCUUGUUCUAACGAAUGACUUCAAAUCAUCCUUUUCAUGGAAACCACAGCAGGUUUCACAGCCGCGUUAG